AUGAAGUUCAGGUCAUCAGAGCUGAAUGAGCCUGCUCUGGUGGAGGGGUUGGUUCUCAUCAAUGUGGACCCCUGUGCUAAGGGCUGGAUUGACUGGGCUGCCUCUAAGUUAUCUGGAUGGACCAGCAGUCUUGUAGACAUUGUGAUGGCACACCAUUUCAGCACGGACGAGCUGACAGAGAACCAGGAGAUCAUUCAAACAUAUCGUCUGCACAUCGCUCAGGACAUCAAUCAGGACAACCUGGCUCUCUUCUGCCACUCCUACAACAGUCGGCAAGAUCUGGAGAUUGAGAGGCCUGUCCUGGGACUUAAUGAAAAUACAGUCAAAACGCUGAAAUGUCCUGCCUUGCUAAUAGUUGGUGACACAUCACCAGCGGUAGAGGCUGUGGUUGAAUGCAACUCAAGGCUAAAUCCAACCAAGACUACUUUACUCAAGAUGGCAGAUUGUGGUGGACUUCCCCAAGUUGUCCAACCGGGUAAACUCGCUGAGGCUUUCAAGUACUUUGUCCAGGGAAUGGGCUACAUGCCCACUGCCAGUAUGACCCGAUUGGCUCGAUCUCGCACUCACUCUGCCUCCAGCAUGGGCUCGGCAGACGGCUCACGCAGCCGCGCACAUACCAGUUCACAGAUGGAGGGCGCCACCGGCGGCCCGGUCCACGACAACCAGAACAGACCACAAACCAUGGAGGUGUCCUGCUAAAGCACCCAGAACCAAGCCACCAUUUAACCUGGGAUCAUCUGCUUGUUUGAACCUCUGCACCUCAGGCGGUUUUGUCCACUUUGGGGUUUUGUUUCCACUCCGUCUUUGUCUUUCAUUCUUUUUGUUCUCUUGUGGCCAAGGAGCGCUGGUCUAAUGAAGGGAUACAUUGUUUGAUGUCUAGUAAACCAUGUAUUUUACAUAUUGGAAUAUUUUUCCACUGCAUGCAAGCAUACUAAUCUUUUGCUGAUGUUUUUACCUUGAAUUUAAUGGAGUAUUACUCCAUUCUUUUAUAUUUGUCAUCCAUUGGAGAUUAAUUUCCACUCUCGAUAUGCUUCUUGUGUAUAUAGUUUGCAUAUAUUUUGAACAUUUGGAGGAUAUUCUCGUCUGUAGUGGGAGAGUUUUCGUUCCCUCUCUUGCUCUCUCUAAGGUCUUCCUGUCCCUUGUGUUUACUACAGAGAUGACCAAACUACUUAAUUUCCUCAUUUACAUUUUUCUUCAGUACUUAAUUUUCUAGACUGCAUUCUGUCUCUUUUAGAGGGUUUCUACUGCUCUCACUGUAUGUCAUUGGCUAUUAUGGUUUGAUUUUAAUUGACAGACUACAAAUGGCAGACAUUCUAGAAUAAAAUCUACUGAUUAGCAUGUCCCUAUUUAAAGUGUACAAUAGACAUGCAUUAGUGUUAAUUAUGUUAAGAUCUUUCUGCAAAUGGUUAAUUCAGUUUGAUUGAAUUGAAUCAAUCUGAUUCUGUUUACAUGGAGAGUUUUAGACCAGAAACCCCUAAUAGCAGAGACUUUGCUUAGAUUUGCACUUAAGUUCAUGUAAAUUAUUUUUCACAGCCUGUGCUUGGGAGAUCAGCUACACAAAAUCAAGCCAGUAACUGAAGAUAAGAUCUGUAGCUUGUUCAAAUAACAGUUGUAUUUACCAUAUAGGGCAUCUAGAGGUAUGAAACAGCAUGAUUCCUCUAAAUGCACUGUACAGUAGUAACUGAUAAAUGAUCUGUAUGCUUUUGGCUUAAGAUUCUCAAUUUCUUCUGUACAGCAGGCUGAUGUUCCAAUAACCUCUUAUUAUUUUGACAACUCUGUUAGUUUCUGUAGUUUUAUUGUUCUUGGUCUAUUAUUUCAAUGGAUGGCAAUUCUCUGUUGAUCGCUAACUGUACCGCUUCCUUGAGUGAGUUUGUGAUGAUGCGUUGUGCUUUGUCCUCCAAGCAUUUAGGGGGCGCUGUACUUCAUACUGUCUGCAGAGUAUAUUGAUUUGUAUGAAUAUUGAAAUAAAGUAGUUGUACAUAAAA